UUUGACUGUUUAUUAGUGUUGUUGUCUGAGACUGUAAGACACGUCGACAUUGACUUACAUUGACUUGAGUUCACUACAGAUAUCUUGAUGUCCUUUAGCGCCAUGGAUCAGCAGUUGUAUUAUCAGCAAAACACUAAUCAUAUGCCGCAGCAGACACUUCAGCCCCAGUACUACCAACAGAAUGGAAGCGCUGCCCCGAUGCCAAUGUCUUCAGCCAAUCACACAUAUUAUGGCAAUCAGACGAACAUGUCUUCACUUCCUCCUAACCAACCGAUGUCUCAACCGAGACCUCCGCCACAGAAGACCAUCCCUUCGAUGGCCACAGGACUUCCUCCUCAGGAUGUACUCCAAUCUCAAAGAUCACCUCAAUUUGCACAGAGUUCUGCACUACAAGAACCCCCGCAGCAAAUGAACAAUUUAUCGGAUCAAAUGAGUAAUAUCUCUUUGGGUGGUUCCCAACCUCAAGGGUUUCCCUCACAUAACGGCUUACAAUCACCACAACAGACCAGUUCUGUGCCACUCGCGGGACAACCAUAUCCUUUGCCACAAUCACAUGCGCCUCCUCUGCACUCACAGCCGGCACCACAACAACAAUCACUACAACAACCGCCACAACAACGACCACUGGAUCCCAAUGUCGGUCAACAGAGUUGGUCGCGACCGCCGAUGCCGUCUCAUCAGUCCCAACAGAUUCCAAGUCCUGACUCUUGGAAUUCAGGUGCUGUCCAAACGAGCGGCUCUUCAGCUCCUCCUCCGACACAGCAGUCGUUUCCGAACACCAAUUCUUUGCCGCCAUAUCAACAGCAAAGAGGCCCACAAUCUCUUCCGCCACAAUCGAUGGCACAGCAAAUGCCUCCCCUUUCCAACCAAAUGAGGCCAUCGCUGCCCAAUCAGAUGCCGCCGCCGAUGAGCGCCGGAUACCCUCCGCCGGCAACACAGGGAAUGCAAGGAAUGCCUCAAAUGUCGGCCCAAAUGCCACCCAUGUCUGGAAUGCCUCCACAAGGGAUGCAACAACAGGGGAUGGGACGGUAUGGACCACAAGCGACUCCCGGUGCCCCUCAACAGCCUAUGGGUCCGCCGCAGAAUAAUUAUCAACAACAGUCUCAGCAACGAUUAGAUCCCGAAGCGAUGCCGAGUGUGGUUCAGGUGAUCGAAGAGGAUAAACAUAAAUUUGAAAACAACGACAAUGUUUUGUUCACCACUUCUAUUCCCGCAUCAGUUCCACCACUAGUGACCACAGUAUAUGAUAAUGAACUCAGUGUUAGCAACGAUGGCGGUUGUGCUCGACCUCAUCAUAUCAGGUCCACUGUAUAUCAGGUGCCCAUCGCUGAGGACACACUCAAAAUGACUUCUAUUCCACUCGCUAUAGUCAUCCAACCUUUUGAUGAUUCAGAAGUCGAUUCAAGAAAUGUUGUGCCCAUAACUAACAGUGAGAUAAUCCGUUGUAAUCGUUGCAAAGCAUAUAUGAAUCCCUACAUGAGGUUCAUUGACGGCGGCCGACGGUUCCAAUGCUCUCUCUGCCAUCACGUGACUGAAGUGAACUCUUCAUACUUCGCGAACUUAGAUCACACGGGCCAAAGAUUAGACAAAUUCAAUCGACCGGAACUAUUCUUAGGGAGUUAUGAAUUCCGAGCCACAGAUGAGUACUGCAGGAAUGGUGUUCUGAACGCUCGCAGACCUCACAUAAUAUUUGCGAUGGAAUUGACGGCCACUUCUAAACCAAUUCUUCAUCACUUAUCAACUCAUUUGUCGGAUAUUAUUAGGAAUAGUCUUCCGAGAGAUCCUCUCAACUCGGAAAGCCCUCCCCCUUUGGUAGGCUUCUUGACCUACAAUUCAAAGAUACAAAUCUAUGACAUCAUAAACAACGGUCACUCGCAUAUUAUUUGUGACGUGAGCUCUACUUUCCCGCCGUUGACUACCUUUUUGGUCGACCCGUUAGUUCAUUUCGAACAGAUUGAGAGUUUUCUGCAAUCCUUGCCUUCGCUCUACGCUAACGAAGAACUGGAAACCCAAACAGUUUUGGGUCCAGUCAUCGAAGCAGCCCUUCUGACCGCUCAGGUGGACACUGGCAACUGGUUCUCAGGACAACCUAAUGCUAACAGUCCGUCAAUGCCUGUGGGAAAGGUCUAUAUGUUUCACUGCACUCUUCCUAACUUCGGCACCGAUGCUGAGACUCCGGGCCGACUAAAGCCGCGAUGGACUACUUCUCCCGAUGAGAUAAGAAAACUCUUGGGAACCGAUAAAGAGAAGACAAUUCUAUCGCCAGAUUCUAAUAAAUAUUACGUGGGUUUGGGUCAGCGGUGUGUCACUGAGUUCGCCAGCGGUGUAGAGCUGUUCCUCUUUCCGCCAAUCAAUGGCGCCUUUUUAGAUGUCGCGACUUUGGGUGAAUUGGUUCGCCUGACGGGAACGGGAACUAUAUAUAAAUACUUCAAUGAUUUCUCCGAUCGGUUUCUUAUUGAUUUGAGAUAUUCUUUGCGCUCAACCUUUGCUUUUGAUGCCAUUAUGAAAGUGAGGACUUCAACUGGAGUUCGUCCGCACGACUAUAUCGGGAACUAUUACUCGCGAACCACUAGUGAUAUCGAGUGCGCGGCUAUCAAUACGGGCUGUAAUAUUGCGGUCGAACUUAAAUAUGACGACAAACUGCCCGAAGACGAGUUCGUUGUCAUUCAAGUCGCCAUUCUCUACACCGGAAUCAGUGGUGAGCGAAGAGUUCGUGUCCACAAUAUGGCUCUCUCGACGUGUCAACAGGUGGCCGACAUCUACAGGAAUGCCUGUUGUGACACAACCAUCAAUGUCUUAGUCCGACAAGCCGUUUCCACCCUAAGGAAUGGCGAUAAAACAGUUCAACAGUCGAAAGAAUUGCUCAUAAAUCGAGCCAUAAGUAUAUUGACGGCAUACCGACGCCAUUGUGCACAACCCGGUUCUUCACUCGGUCAACUAAUACUUCCCGAGGCCUUAAAACUCCUUCCAAUGUAUAUCUGCGGCGCUCUUAAGUGCGACGCCAUUGAUGGCGGGCCUGAGAUGACUCCCGACGACAAGGCCUUCUCGCAAAUCAAAUUGAUUGGUGCUCCUCUAUCGCUCUCUCAAGUCAUCCUUUAUCCCCGAGUCUUGAAAAUAGAGUACGACGAGACGAGAGCUCACCUCAAGUCCACACAAAUCCGAUGCUCCACUCAUAAGCUGUCGGACGCCAAUGCUUUGGCAUAUCUUCUAGAGAAUGGCUUUUAUAUUCUGCUGUUUAUACCAAACACUAUCGGAGGGCACAACCAAUUCUUAAGUGCUGUUUUCGGUUCACACGUGGACUCCAUUUCCAAAAUACAACCAGAAUUAGCAUCAAAAGAGAUACUUCUAUUCUUUCGACAGUUAUUAUGCUACCCAGGGGACAGUGGUAAACUGGAGGGCCCCUCAUAUGUGGAUCUGUUAUGUCAUCUGCACAGAGAAAUACGAACUCAACUCAAUUAAAUGGAAACAUUGAUGUGAUAUAUUCACUAUAAUAGACACAUUUACCGGUUUAAACGGAUACAUCUAUUUAUUACAGAAAACUCUCCACAAUUGUAUACAUUUUUAUCCAACAAAUUAACUCUAAAUUCUGUUCAAUUCAUAACAGCUGUUUCUAACAUACUGUAGACUAUAGUACUUAUUACUGAAUUU